ACAUAGUAGGCAGCAAAGAUUCUAGAACAGAGCUCUGUUCUAGAAUCUUUGGUAGGCAAUAGGCUAUUCAUGUUUAUGACAAGUUUCCAUCAGUUCUGAGAUGACAGUAAUAUUAUGACAUCAUUGUCAAAAAGUUCAGUGUGAAACAGGCCUAACUGAAGGACAUUGCAAAGUCCCAAAGAUGCAUUACAGCCGACCAACUCUUGUUUUGAACUGGCAGAAGAACAGAGAAGCAGAGCCUAAAGACUAUGAUCUCACAACAUGCCCAGAGGGAAAGAAAUACCUUCAUAAAUCCACAUAUAAACAUUUUGGGACAUGCAAAGAUGCAGACUGGAGCACCACAACAGAAACCCAGAUGUCUCAGUAUCAGCUAAAGAAAAUGUGUGAAACCGAGACCAGAGCAUUGAUGCCAGCAGUGCACCACCACACUGCGAGGAUGGACAGUACAACUGGAUCAGUGGGAACACAGUACAAUAUUGUCUUACCUCGACACCCCCCUGGCCAUAACAAAAUGGACUUUGAGACCACGUACACGCUGGAUUAUCCCCCUCCACUCAAUCUCAGGCAGGAGGUGGUGGGGAUGGAGGACGCAGAAGAGCGGCCGUCCGACUUCCGCAGGCGUCAGUCCGAGUUCACAGACCUGGCAGGCCACAAGCGCAGCGGCAGGAACACUUGGCAGGACGACGUCGGAGAGCAAGGAAGGGUCAGGGUCAGAAACAAGCACCGGCAGGACACACACAGCAACAACCUUUUCUGCCCACACAGCGCUCAGUAAUACAUGGAUUAGGUCCUAGCUCUGUUGCUGUGCCUUAUUUUCCUCUCUGGCGUGUUUGCUGUGGUAAUGAAGCAAAAUCUCUCACAACAAAGCUUUGUUGUCAAUUCAUUAGACUUAAAGUGUAUUAAUAAAAUCAUUGAUCAAGCAAUAACAAACCUUUAGACUGGGA